CCCCUCCGCCCCUCCGCCCCUCCUCUCUAUGGUCAGGGCCGUUCAUGGCCGCCCGCGGGACAGCGCUGAGGGACAAAGCGCACGGACCGGCACCGGCACCGGCACGGAGGGACACAGCCCACCGACAGGGACCGCGGGGCAGAAAUCGCGGGGAGGGUGAUCUUCACAGAAACUCCUAAAGGCUUAAAAAAAAUCAUUUUAGGCCAAAUUUGUUUUUCUGAUAAAGUGAAAAAAUGGAUCCUUGUACAGUUGGAGUUCAGCUUCAAGCCACCAAUGAAUGCCACAAGACCUAUUACACCCGUCAGACYGGCUUCAAAACCAAGCAAGAUGUGUCUUCAUCUGACCUCCUGCUGCUUCAACUUAGGACAGGAAUAACCCUGUCAGAGAGCAACACCAUCUGCUUACACCAUGCAAAAAUCUACAUUGAUCGAUUCGAGGACUUGCAGAAAUCCUGCUGUGAUCCCUUUAACAUUCACAGAAAACUGUCCAAGAAAAGCUUGCGAGCAAUUGACUUAGAUGAUGCAACUUUUCUGAGUGCCAAGUUUGGAAGGCAGUUUGUACCUGGUUGGAAGCUUUGUCCCAAAUGUAUGCAGAUAAUAAAUGGAAGUGCUGAUGUGGAGCCCGAAGAGCGACGAAGAAGGAUGGAUCCAGAUGGGCGCACAGCUAAGGCCUUAAAGUCUCUCCARUUUGCUAAUCCAGGAAGACAGACUGAAUUCACCCCAGAGACCAGUAAAAGGGAAAAAAGAAGGCUGCAAACAAAAAUCUCAGCAUUUAAUUCAGACAGGCAAGUUAUACCAGCCAAGAGUAAAGUGUACGACAGCCAGGGCCUGCUGCUGUUCAGUGGGAUGGAYCUGUGUGACUGCCUGGAUGAAGAUUGCCUGGGCUGCUUCUACGCCUGCCCCAAGUGCGGCUCCAACAAGUGCGGCACCGAGUGCCGCUGUGACCGCAAGUGGCUCUAYGAGCAGAUCGAGAUCGAGGGAGGGGAGAUCAUUCGAAAUAAGCACGUGGGGUAGUGCACAUGGGUAUUAUUUAACCUGAUUGUGUGUUCCAUGCUUUGAUUAGAGYCAGCACGUUCAUYRUUUAGUGGUUUAAUGGGAUUUGUCRCGAUCCACAUGAUGAAUGUGCUCAUUUUCACAGUAUCAUAAUCGUGCUGCUGUCUUUUCACACUUGAGUCUGCAGUGUACUCAGCCUSCUUAGUCAUCCAGGUGAGAUCUCAGUGAACAGUCUUUAUUUAAGUACAAGRUGCAAAAUUCUAAUGAGAUCUAUCCUGAGCCACUCAUACAUUGUUUUAUAGAAUGUACCAUCUCCAUAUAUCCCUCAUUUCUCCUCUAGUUCAGGAUCUCAUGGAUUUUAAUUCACUGUGGAAGUUCUCAGUGAGUUGACAUGCAGUAUUAAUAAAACUCUAGUAUUAAUAGUGAAUGCUAUAUCUUAUAUGGAGUAUUGAAGGUACACGUGAUAAAUCCAAUCCUGUUCACUUAAAAAGGAUUUAUAAGGAUUUAGGUAUUCAGAUCUCAUCCUAGUUACUGGAAUUUGAGAUCAAUUUAUGAAUUCAAGCCUCACUCUUAAAAUAUUGAAAUUUAACUCUCAAGGCAUUGUGUUAAAGUGCUGUUUAUUACUUUGUUGSUCUCUGUUGAACAAAAUUAAAAUAGUUUUGCUCUGUUUGUUUUAGGUCUGUAAUUGGACUGAACUGGUACUUCAACAGCCCUUUUUCACUUCUUUUUACUGAUUUUAAAGGUGUAUAUGCAGCUGAAAUGAACUUGAGUGUCUGUUUCCAAACCAAGGUUAUUUAGAKUUACCGAAAAAGCCCAGUUGCAUUGAAAGUAUCUUUGGUUGAUACAUUAUCUGUCCUCAGAGUAUUAAACUUUGACAAUAUAACAAGGUUUAUUGUAAAUAUUUUAUAAAUUGAAUGGUAGUAACAUUUUUAUUCCUGUUGUUUUGUAUAAAUUUCUAAUUUCCUUGAUUGACUUGGAAGAUCUGCAUAUUUGUUGGGUCACAUUUUUUCAAUAAUACUGUCAACUUCUUGCAGACUUGGUAAAGUUGUAUAAGCUUGGUAUCUGUGCAGACUUCUUUAUUUUCUGGUAAGUGUCAAGAACAUUGCAUUGCCAAAAUCCACAGUUAUACUUUGAGUUGUGCUGACAUCUGCUGGUCCUACUGGAGUAUAAGCUCUGAGAUGCUACAUUUCUAUUAAAUCUGCUAUAAAAAUAAUGAGACUGGGGUUUUUUUUGGGGUCAGAGCAUUGGCUGUUCUUCCAGUGGAUGUCUCUCAUUGGCCUUGGGUUCCAGCCACAUUUAUCCCAAGAACUGUGAUGUGAAUCGUGUGCUCUGGAUCCAUGUUUGGAUCCGUUCCUCUCUUAAACAACCUUUUGAAUGAGGUGAAAUUAUAAACAGGUAACUUCCAGAGAGUGAGAGGAGAAAAGCUGUCUGAGCAGUACCCAUUGUUAAUAAAUUUAACAGGCUUCCACGUGUGUGAUGAGUGUAACUUACACUUUAAGCCCACAGCCAGGAUUUGGAUUCAGUAACUUAAGUUCCCUAGAGCAUUCCAUUGUUAGAACCCCAUAGUUCUCCACUCCMCUAAGUCUCUGCAAAGUUAAUGUAUUCAGCCUCUCAUUUUACAUAUGCACCAGCAGGUGAUUACUUUCCCAAAUAAAACACUUGUUUCCUAAAAA